AUAGCCAGCACCCAUGGCCGAGUACGUACAGCCAUAUGCCGAAGCUCUUCAAGAGCGCCUGGUGCCUUUUCCAACUGAGUUUAGGGAGUUCGCCAGUGCCGCUCCCGCUGCGGGCGGCAGCGACAGCGGUGAAAGCGAGGGAUCAGCUGAUGGCAAUUCUGACGAUGACUGGAUGUCCCCCUGGGACAGCGGCGAUAUGAUCGGCGCGACUGGCGUCCGCGAUGGAUACAAACUUCCAUCAAUGCAUGGCUUUCGCAUGAUCUCUUUGAGCUUCAAUGGACCAAGCCUGGUGGGAUACAGCAUGGUGGGAACUGAAAUCUUCACCACUUCCUUGGCCGCGGGAGCAACUGCAGCAGACGUUCUGGAGGCAGCCAGUUCUGCCAUGGGAGUUGAGCCAGCGAGUCUGACACUGCUGUGCCACGGAGCGCCGCUAGAGCCACAAGAGACUCUUUCAGAUUUUACAUCGAUGGCGAUCAGGCAGGUGCUCCAUACAGGCCCGGCAGUAUAUGUGUGUGAGCAAAAUGCUCGUUGUGAAACGGACACCUUCUUCGGUGGUAGUUGCGAGGUGAUCGUCAAUCGGGACAAGUUGCCGAAUCCUGGCAUUGCCACCAUCCAAGCGCUUCAAGAGACGAGGGAAUUCGUCACACCACAUCGCUUCGACUGCUGGCUGAUUUACACGAAACAUGAAGUCUUGCUGUAUCAACAGCCAACUGAAAAGCGUCGAAAGCAUGAUCUCUUGAUCCCGCUGGGCUUCUUCCCUCCUGCGCCCAAGUGGUCCUUUCCUGCCGGCUCUCGGCGAUGGGGUCAACUCUCAGAUGUUUGGAGCGCCUGUGUGGAAAUGCCGCAGAUCAAGGGGCUCAUGGAUACACACGCUGACCUCACCUUGGAUAGGCCGAUUCCUCGCUACCAGAUGAUUGUUGACCCGAAUCAGUUCGUUCGACAGACAGCUCGUGGCCCUGUGUGGGUCCCAUGCGAGUUUGACAUCGACAGUGAAGGACAUGCACAGAUCGUUGGUGGCAGCCGCUGCCACAAAUAUCCAGCUCUGGCUGAGAAGGUGGCCACCCCAAUCCUGGAAGCAGCAUUGCCUUUGCUGGCGAAGCUUCGUCGGCCUCAACUGCUGUUGGAUCGGCGCAGGCCG